AUGGGAUUAAAUCAUUUCAUCCCACGCAAAAUGCACUUUGGAAUGAGAAGAAAUACCUUCACCCAGAUAUUCAGACGGCAGGCACCCGCUCCUGCACCUGAUACCCCGGCCGCACCUAUCGCCCCAGCUACCACGACUCCACCUCCGAAUCCGCAACAUCCCAAGCAUCACCGAACGGAUGCUGAGCGCCAACAACAUCAACUUGAAUUGCAAAAACAGCAAGUUGCAAAGCUUAUCGCACAACAAGAGGUUGAGCGGCAAGGUUUAGAAGAAGAGCAAGCGAAAGCCAGAACUCGUGAACAAGAUCGCGCGCGUCAACAUGCGCAAGCCCAAGCUCAACGAGCACAGGCAUUAGAAAAUCAGCAGAAGGCCCCUCAAGAUGCACCCAAGCAGAAUCCAGAUGCACCGAAGCAGAAUCAAGAUGCACCCAAGGCUCAAGAUGCACCCAAGGCUCAAGAUGCACCCAAGGCUCAAGAUGCACCCAAGGCUCAAGAUGCACCCAAGGCUCAAGAUGCGCCCAAAGAGCCUCAAGAUGCGCCCGAACAACAGUCAACGUUGCCUCAGAUUCAGCGGCAGACGUUACAGCAACCCGAUACAGGAAACGACGCGGCCACAACUGGUACUCCCGUUGGGCAAUCGAUUGGUAAGUCAUUUUUCAUCUUGAGUUGUCAUCGACGAGAGUUAAUCCGCCAGUCGAGCUUUUUUGCAGCCUCACCGACUUCUGCUCAACAGCCCCUCACUCCAGAAGCAACUCCAACGCCAGUACCUGUGGUGGCAGCUCCCACCGAACAGUCCGACUCGGUUUCGAUCACUACUUCAUCCUUCCAGCCUUCGUUGACGUCCGCGGACCUCAUCUCGACCAAUGCGCCUUCACCUUCGGCCUUUUCAGCCGUCGCUGAAUCGUCUGCAUACCCAUUGACAGACCCGGCCAAACCUUCAACAGGUCUUUCCACCGCCGCUACCGUCGUUCUUGUGCUCGGCAUUGUCGCUGUCAUCUUUACCUUGGUCAUGCUAUUGUACAGGUAUUGGGUCCAAAAAUCUCGCCGGAACGAUACGCUGACUCCAAUCGAAAAGGUCAAUCUUGGUGGCCAAAUGAAAAAGUCACGUCCGUCAGAGGCUGACGAUGAAGAAAUGUUUGGAGGCCAUGAGCAUGCUAGCAUGGCCUUGCACGGUUUUGGUGCAUUGGGGAUCGUGGAUGAAAAGGCAAACUAUCGAUCUGAAGGACACCAAAAAUGGCCUCGUCAUCAUCAUCCGGGUGACGCUGAUGCCGACUCAAUCUCAAACGAGUCUCUUCAGAGCUCUCGAUAUCCUCAACACGGAUACAAUAACACGCAUACCUCUACCACCACACGUGCGCAUCAAACGCAAUCAGGACUUCGCGAGUCGGACGAUUAUAGCCGAUACGUUAGUUCGCCGAGCCUCUUGGCCAUCCCAGACACCGCCGCCUUGACUUCCCCGGCUACCAGUAACCAUAGUUUUAUGUCCCCUACCUCUCCGCUAUAUCCCUUGAUGGCAGAUCGAGUUUAUGUGGUGAAACGCACUUUUGAAGCCACUCUCACUGACGAGUUGUUGAUAUUUGUUGGCGAUCGAAUUCAAAUUCAGACCACAUAUGACGACGGAUGGUGCCUAGGAAUCAAUUUGGACAUUGAUCGCCACCAGCGUGCGACCAAUCAAUUGUUGAUCUCUAAAGGUGUUUUCCCCCGUGAUUGCGUCGGCAGCAUACCCAUGGAUAUGGACAAUUCCGGCGAAGGGGAGCAACCAUUGACACCAGGACCCAGUGACUUGCAGCGCGUGCCCACUUUGCCACCUUUAGACCUCGGCGAGUAUUACACACCGGAACAGCAACAGGAGCAGAAGAACCAAGCUCGCUCCACUCUUAGCGUUUCUGUUUUCGACAGUCGCCCUAAUUCUCUGACCGUUCCACGUGCUAGCCAUCCUGGACCUAAAAUUCGAAUUUCAAGCCCAGCUCAUUCCGAAGACAUCACACCGCGUCAUAGCGAUGUAAUUGCACAAUUUCCUGAUACACCCAACAACGAUUCUCAGGCUCGAGCCAGCUUGAUGGCAUAUCGCAACUCUUUCGGAAUUCUCGGAAAUACCCCGGCUACACGACAAAAACGAAUCAGUAGUUUGAUCGCUGGUCGAGAUGCUCAGCUGUUCAUGGAGUUGGGUGAAGCUUUAGGACCCAAUGCCUGA